AUGAAACAGAUUCCACUCCUGUUUGCUCUCAUGUCUCGGCGAAAGAAAGAAGAUUAUGUGGCGGUACUGGGUGAGAUCAAAUCAAUUCUGGGGGCCUAUUCAGUGGAAGGCUUUGUGGUCGACUUCGAGGCAGGAUCCUGGGGAGCGAUAAGACAUGUCUUUCCACGCGUUGAAAUUAAAGGAUGCGUAUUCCACUGGGCACAGUCUGUGUGGCGCCAUGUACAAGCAGUGGGGCUUGGUCCAGCCUAUAUGGAGCGCAAGGACCUGUGGGAUUAUGUCCGCAAGUUACUUGUGCUUCCUUUUGUGCCGUCUAGUCAGAUCGAACCUCUUUUCAGGAACCUCGCGCAGCGUGCAAACACAGAACCUCUGAGGAAACUUGUCAAUUACAUUGACUCAACCUGGAUUCAGUCUUUGACCUUCCCAAUACAGAGUUGGUGUAUAUACGGGUUACAUGUCAGAACCAACAACGAUGUGGAAGGCUUUCACACACGUUUGAAUGGCGUUUCUGGUGGUAGAUCACUGACAUUCUACAAACUUGUACCUGCACUCAGAAAACAAGCACUGGAGGCUGAGUUGGACAUUGACCAGCUGGUUGAUAAUAGUGUUGUCUAG